AUGGACAUCAAGUUUUGCAAGACCAACCUUCUCAUUGAGCACAAGGAGUUGGAUGGGAGAUUCCAAUUCAAGUUCACACAUCCAUUGGUUGGACCCUCCAAGUUCUCCUGCCCAACCCAGAGCUCACCACAGUUAAGGGGUCCAGGAGAGUGCGAUUUGGGUGAGCCUGAGUGCUAUUACUUUGAGGAGUAUGAGGCUCCAAGGAUGAACCCCUCUGUUGUGGCUGCCCACAAGAGGAUUGGACUUCUCCAAAAGUUCAACAAAUGGCAAGGGAAAGCCAUUGAGAAGAUGCAAAAGUCCAUGGACAAGAUGGUGAGCAAGAUCAAAAGUUUGGAGAAGAAGGUUUCUGGUUCUUCAAGCAAGAAGAAGUCCAAGGCCCCCACAUUCCCUAGGAGUAGAUCACUCCUCACCACUCCAAGGAGGCUCCCUGCCCAAGAGCCUCACAGAGCCUCUUCUUUCGAGCCAAGGGAAGGAGAGACAAACGCAGAGAAGGAGGAAGAGUUCCAAGGCCAGACGCUCCAGCUCGACCACCGGACUCGAUCGAGUCCAAACAGAGGAAACUCAACUCGAUCGAGCUGA